UCUUAUCUAUCCGUCAAAACCAUUAACUUUAUUGUCAUUUAUUAGAAUUGUGAAAUAACACUAGUAACUAACUAAUCAGCUAUAAAUAAUAGUUACUUUAACAGUUACAUUAUGUUUAUGUUUCUAUUGUCUGUGACUUAUACCUGGAUUGUUAUUCAUUAUUGAAAGAUUUUAAUGAUUAAAAUAAUGUUUGUCAGAAUAUCAAGGUUUUCUCGUCUAAUAAUAAUUCUUCAUUAAAUUCAGAUGAUAGAAUUCACAUGGUUUAAUGUUAAACACAGCUAAAAACGAAAUCGUUGAAAAUUUGAACAAUCCAAAUUCUAUAAUGUCAGAGUUGAAAUUUUGCUCAAAGUGUAAGCAGUGCAUCAAAGAAAGUCAUUACUUAUUAGCUGAUUGUCAAUAUUGGCAUGAAGAUUGUCUACGUUGUAUAUGCUGUGAUGCUAGAUUAGCCGAAUUAGAUAAAAUUUUCUACAUUAAAGCUAGGAUGUCAUUAUGUCGAAGAGAUUAUCUAAGAUUGUAUGGUAAAACAGGUGAAUGUUCCAUCUGUCAGAAACAAGUACAAUCGUAUGAAUUUGUUAUGAAGAUAAAAAAUAGUGUUUAUCAUUUAUCUUGUUUUUGUUGUCAGCAUUGUCAAAUGAGGUUCUGUAUUGGAGAUCGUUUUUAUCUACAUGAAAACAUUAUUUUGUGUGAACAUGAUUACAUGGAAUUAUUUCCACACCUUUUUACACGAGAUAUUAAUCUGCCCCAUCCAGAAAAAGGGAAUAUUAUUGGUAAUAAAACUACUGCUAACUCGUGUAUUUGUUCAAAUGAAACGAUUACAAGACAAAAUUGCACUGAUGUUGGAGAUGAUGAAGAUUAUGAUGAUGAAAAUAAUCAAAAAUAUCAAGUGAACCUCAACUAUUCACAAUGUAUUGCUUCAUAUAUUCAACUAUUCACUAAGUGCAAAACACGUAUUACUACUGAACAAAGUCCUUGUGACAAUAAAUUAAUUAGGAACACAAAUAAUAGAUUAUGUUCUUUAUUAAAUCCAUUUGACAUAAACUUUCAUGAUUCCACAACAAUAUCAGAUGAUCGUUCAAGUGGUUAUGGUUCACCCAGUUCACCGGGGAAUAGCUUCCAUGAAAAGAUUUGAAUUUCAACAAGAGGAAUUCUAAUAGUAUUCAGUCUUCCAAUAGACCGGUAUGUUUAGUUAUGAACAAGUGUCAACUUAUUGACAGUUGUUGAACAUUAACUUGGGAUAUGUUUAAACAUGACAAAGUUUUCAGCAAAUAAACAAAAAUACAAAAGCGUUUAUUAUUCUUUAGAUAUGACUAAUUAAAAAAGAAAUUAAAUGGAUUUUAAACCAAUUUUUACUUAAACUACCAUAUGAGAGAACUAGAUGAACCAAAGAGGAACAGAUUGUAUUAUUAAAUACAUUGUACAUUUAGUAUUAUAUAUCAUAAUUAAAAUAUUUAUUCCAGCCUA